UAAAUAUUUGACAUAUAUGACGUGGUCCCGUGUUAAGUAGAAAAAAUCCGUCUCCCAUUUCACUUUAUUUCAUUUUUCUUGAAGAAAACUAUGAAAAGUCAGUGAUAUUUCAUAUUAUUUAUUUAAUGAAUUAUGCAUCUUGUGCGUAUAAUAUUAACGUAGAAAAAAAUAAAUAAAUCUAUAGGACUUAACUUAGCAAACUAUGAUGAAUGAAGAGACGACCUCAACGUCGUCCGGUGGCGGUAUCACAAAAGUUUUUACUCGAUUGUCACAGACAUACCAAUCGAUUCUAGACAGAUGGACACCACAUUCGCGGCUGCGUUGGACGGGCGCUGGAUCCCUUGUCUUGCUGUUUUUGUUGCGGGUGUUCCUUAAACAGGGCUGGUAUAUUGUCUGCUAUGCCUUAGGAAUAUACCACUUGAACCUGUUUAUUGCUUUCCUCACGCCGAAGAUCGAUCCAGAAUUCGAUCCUUAUGGAGAUGAUCAAGGUCCCGAAUUGCCAACAACAGUUAACGAAGAAUUCAGACCCUUCAUUCGUCGGUUACCGGAAUUUAAAUUCUGGCUCUCGAUUACGAAAAGUACACUUAUUGGAUUGACGUGUACGUUCUUUGAUUUCUUCAAUGUUCCAGUUUUUUGGCCUAUAUUAGUCAUGUACUUUAUAACGUUGUUCUGUAUAACAAUGAAGCGGCAAAUUAAACAUAUGAUAAAAUACAAAUAUUUACCGUUCACCCGCAACAAGCCACGUUACCAGCGAGUAGGUGAGACAAAGUGACAAUUAGCCGCACAGACACCGCAAAACGACAAAAUCACAGCAUCGGUAAAGGAUAUAUCGCCGGUAGCUACACACAAUCCAACAACAGCAACCCUAGCAGCAACAGAAACUAAUAAAUCAUCAUCCUCUAUUGAACCACCCCAAAUAAUUACAGUUAUCUAAACAAACAAAUUUAAAUUUUUCGUUUUUUGUUAAUAUUAUAUAUUAUUUGUUUUAUUAUUCCGUUUCUCAUUUUUUCCUUUUGAUUUUUGUAUUUCAAUUUAUUUGAAAGGACAAACUUGAAAUCAAAAAAAAAAAAAUAAUCAUAAAAGCAAAAUUUUAAAUUGUUUGUUUACAUGCAUUUCGGUGGCCUUACUUUUACAAUUGAACCAAAAUAUCCAUAAUUUUUGUUUUUAAUUAUUAGCCUCUUUGCUGUUUAUAUUUUAUUAGUUUCUAUUAGUUGCUUGUAUGUGUAUGUGUAGAGUCGUUGCAGUGUCUUGUGCAAUUUAAUUUUAUCAAAUUUCAGAACGAUAUAAUUUUAUUAUAGUUUCUCCCAAUGGUUUAUCUGUAAAAACCAAAGUUUUAGUUAAUAGUUAAUUUUACCAUUAUAUGUUUAAUAUAAAGAACAUAACAUCAUUAA